AUGGAGCGCGGGGCUCGGAGCGCGUCCCGGGAGCGGGAGCGCCGGGGCCGGGCCGGGGGGUCCCCGCACCGCGAGCCCCGCAGGGCCAAGGCCGAGCGCGCCCCCGGGGAGCGCGGGCGCCGCGGGGCCGGACACAGGCGCGCCGGGAGCCCCCGGGAGCCCCGCGCGGCCGCCGCCGCCGCCACCGUGGUGGACGUGGACGAGGUCCGGGGCUCGGCGGACGAGGGCGCCGAGGAGGCGGCGCUGCUGGAGAGCGAGCGGCCCGAGGAAGGCACAAAGCCCUCGGGUUUAGGGGCCUGUGAGUGGCUUCUUGUCCUGGCGUCUCUGCUCUGUGUUGUCCUGACCUUCCCCUUUUCCAUCUGGUUCUGCAUAAAGGUUGUGCAAGAGUAUGAGAGAGUGAUUAUAUUCCGGCUGGGACACCUUCUUCCGGGAAGAGCCAAAGGCCCAGGCCUCUUCUUCUUCCUGCCUUGCCUGGAUACCUACCACACAGUGGACCUUCGUCUGCAGACCUUGGAGAUCCCCUUUCAUGAGGUGGUCACCAAGGACAUGCUGGUCAUGGAGGUGGACGCCGUGUGCUACUACCGGAUGGAGAACGCGUCGGUGCUCCUGAGCAGUGUGGCGCGCGUGCCCCGGGCCGUGCAACUGUUGGCACAGACCACCAUGAAGCGCCUCCUGGCCCACCGCACGCUGGCCGAGAUCCUGCAGGAGCGGAAGAGCAUCGCCCAGGAAGUGAGGGUCGCCCUGGAUUCAGUGGCCUGUACGUGGGGCAUCAAAGUGGAGAGAACGGAAAUUAAGGAUGUGCGGCUGCCUGCCGGGGUCCAGCACUCACUGGCCGUUGAGGCUGAAGCCCAGCGUCAGGCCAAAGUGCGGGUGAUCGCAGCCGAAGGGGAGAAAGCGGCCUCCGAGUCUCUGCGCAGCGCGGCCGAGAUCCUGGCGGGGGCGCCGGCGGCCGCCCAGCUGCGCUGUCUGCACGCACUGCAGUCCCUGGCGGCCGACAAGCCGCCCACCGUGGUGCUGCCGCUGCCCCUGGACUGGCUCAGCUGCCUGUCGGCCGCCCCCGGGGGCAGGACACAAGCCAGCCUCCCCUGCCCCCCGGGGCCCGCCCGGCCCAAGAAGAAGGACUCCCCCAUGCUCUAG